CCGCCGCUGGAGCGCGGCAAAACGCCCCGCGCGCGCUAAAAGCUGCGUUUACCCCGCGCGCGUGGUUUCGCGCGGCCGUUGGAGAUGCUGAGGGCCAGGCCGCCCGCAACGACGCCGGUACCACGGCCGGGAGGCACUGCUCCGGUGCUGAGGGAGAAGCACAGCGGCCGGUGGCUCGGUUCGAGCUCCCCGACCACGCGCGCACGUCAUCUCCACGCGCGGUCCACCGAGCCAGCCGCCCGCCCUCCGCACGCUCGGCGCAGCGAGCGGACGCACGUCCCAGAGCCCCGAGCGCUCCAGCAGUCGCACCAUGAACCGGAGGUCGCCGCGCCCGGGCGGCUGCUAGCGCGGGCUCUUGUGUGGUGCGUGCUUGGGCUUGCGAUGUAGGCUGCUGCUACCUGCUAAUGGUGUGCUGCUGCUGAUGCGUGCCUGAUGCUGCUGCAUGAGCGCGUGAGCUGUGUGCUGCUGUUGCUGCUGCAUGCGAGGGUGGUGGCGCUCGUCGCUGGACGGAGAGCGUUGCCGUCCUGCCGCCGCGUGCGUGCAUUCUGUAUCUGGGGCGCUCCGCUACGUCCGGGCUGUGCACGCAACGUGUUCGGUGAAAUGUCUGAAAAAAAUGGGGAGUGCCGUUGUCUACCCGGGUAAAUGGGGGAGAGGGGCGGACAUGUCCGGGCAAUGUCCGCUGACAAAUGUGGGCAAAAUUUAAGAGGUAUCAUGCUGGACAAUUACUGGAGAAAGACAGGCAGCAAGAAUCAGAGCUAUGUAUCUCAAGGCGAUUCUCAGACAGGACGUUGCUUUUUUUGACAAGGAAAUGAGCACUGGACAAGUUGUUGAGAGGAUGUCUGGGGACACAUUCCUCAUUCAAGAUGCCAUUGGAGAAAAGGUUGGCAAGAUCAUACAGCUCCUUUCUACCUUUUUUGGAGGCUUCAUUGUUGCAUUUGUGAGAGGAUGGCUCUUGACACUUGUCAUGCUCUCAAGCAUCCCUCCAGUAGCCGUGGCCGGUGCUAUUGUGUCAAGGAUGAUGACAACGUUGUCCACUAAAAUGCAAGCAAAAUAUGGUGAUGCUGGAGACAUUGUUGAGCAAACUAUUGGGACCAUUCGAACGGUUGUCUCAUUCAAUGGUGAGAAGCAAGCUAUAACAACAUAUAACAAGUUCAUAAGAAAAGCAUAUGAGUCUGCUCGUCGAGAAGGUGCUGUCAGUGGCCUUGGAGUGGGUUCAAUAAUGGCAAUCUUGUUUUGCAGCUAUGGGUUGGCAGUUUGGUAUGGAUCUAAAUUGAUAGUCGACCGAGGAUAUAAUGGUGGCAUAGUUAUUACUAUUAUAAUGUCCGUCAUGGUUGGCGCAAUGUCCUUAGGUCAGGCAGCACCAUCAAUAACAGCUUUUGCACAAGGUCAAGGAGCAGCAUAUAGAAUGUUCAAGACAAUUGAAAGACAACCAUGUAUUGAUGUAUAUAACACCAUAGGUAUCAUAUUGGAAGACAUCAAGGGUGAUGUUGAACUGAAGGAUGUCUACUUCAGCUAUCCUACCAGGCCUGAACAUUUGGUAUUUGAUGGAUUCUCCUUACUGGUACCAAGUGGAACUACAAUGGCACUAGUUGGAGUGAGCGGUAGUGGAAAGUCAACUGUCGUCAGUUUGGUGGAGAGAUUCUACGAUCCACAGUCUGGGGAAGUCUUGAUAGAUGGAGUUGACAUUAGAAGAAUGACUCUUGGGUGGAUAAGAGGAAAAAUCGGUCUCGUCAGCCAAGAACCAGUAUUGUUCUCGAGUACGAUCAGGGAAAAUAUUUCCUAUGGGAAGGAUGAUCUUAAUCUCGAAGAGAUCAGAAGAGCAAUCGAGCUUGCAAAUGCAGCAAACUUCAUUGAUAAACUGCCAAAUGGUCUUGAGACAAUGGUUGGGGAACGUGGAAUUCAGCUGUCUGGAGGGCAGAAGCAAAGAAUAGCAAUUGCUAGAGCGAUUAUAAAAAACCCUAGGAUAUUGCUACUUGAUGAAGCAACCAGCGCGCUGGAUAUGGAAUCUGAGAGGGUCGUUCAAGAAGCUUUGGAUAGGGUAAUGUUAGAAAGGACUACAAUCAUUGUUGCACACCGCCUAAGCACAGUAAAGAACGCUGAUGUCAUAUCUGUCCUACAACACGGGAAGAUUGUGGAACAAGGUUCACAUGUAGAACUGGUGAACAAACCUGAAGGUGCAUACUCUCAGCUGAUUCAUCUGCAAGAGACUCUGCAGGUAGCAGAAGCCCCUAAUGUCGAUCCUGAUGCGAUAAUGGAAAACAGUUUUGGCUCUAGGUCGUUCACAAGGAAACCAAGAAGCCAAGGUAGCUCCUUUAGAAGAUCAACCAGUAAAGGCUCCUCUUUUGGGCACAGUGGUACACAUCCUUACCCUGCUCCAUGUGAUCCCAUGGAAUUCAACAAUGAUCAAGACCUAGAGGAGAGUGCAGAUAAAAUAUCUAGUGACAGAAAGAAAGCUCCAAUCGGCCGACUCUUUUAUCUGAACAAACCAGAGGCUCUUGUUCUUGCUCUUGGUUCGGUUGCUGCUGCAAUGCACGGGGCCAUUUUGCCUGUAUAUGGCAUAUUGAUUUCAAGUGCAAUAAAGACGUUUUAUGAGCCGCCAGCAGAACUACUCAAGGACUCGAGGUUCUGGGCAAGCAUGUUUGCCAUGCUGGGUGCUUGUGCGCUUGUUCUGAUUCCAAUAGAGUACUUCUUGUUUGGAUUAGCAGGUGGGAAGCUUGUGGAGCGCAUACGGUCGCUGACAUUCCGAAGUGUCAUGCACCAGGACAUCAACUGGUUUGAUAAACCUGAACACUCUAGUGGAGCAAUAGGUGCAAGGCUAUCGACUGAUGCUCUGAACGUGAAGCGGCUUGUUGGAGAAAAUUUAGCACUUAAUGUCCAGACUAUAUCGACCAUCAUAGUAGGUUUCGCAAUAGCUAUGGUGGCAAACUGGAAGCUGGCAUUGAUUAUCACAGUGGUGGUUCCAUUGGUGGGUUUCCAAGCCUAUGCUCAAAUGAAGUUCCUGAAAGGUCUCAAUAAAAAUGCAAAGUUAAAGUAUGAGGAAGCAAGUCAAGUAGCAACCGACGCCGUUGGAGGAAUCAGAACCGUGGCGUCGUUUUGCGCAGAGCAGAAGGUGAUGGAUGCCUAUGAAAAGAAAUGUGAAUCUCCAACAAGGCAGGGAGUGAGGGAAGGUGUUGUUGGUGGCUUGGGAUUUGGGUUUUCAUUCCUUAUGUUCUACCUUACUUAUGCUCUCUGCUUCUACGUCGGUGCAAAGUUUGUUCAUGAAGGAACGGCAACAUUUCCUGAAGUGUUUCGGGUCUUCUUCGUAUUAGUUUUGGCGGCUACUGGGAUCUCACGAACAAGCGCAGUAGGUGCAGAUAGCACCAAGGCUAGUGAAUCGGCCAUCUCCGUGUUCGAAAUUCUUGACCAUAAGUCCAAGAUAGAUUCCAGCAGCGAGGAGGGCAUGGUGGUUGCAAAUCUCAGGGGUGACAUUGAGUUCCAGAAUGUGUGCUUCAGUUACCCCUUACGCCCUAAUGUUCAAAUAUUCACUGAUCUGUCCUUGAUAAUUCCUUCUGGAAAGACAGCUGCCCUUGUUGGAGAGAGUGGAAGUGGGAAGUCCACCGCCAUUGCGCUGCUCGAGAGGUUCUACGACCCGAGUUCAGGCAGGAUCCUUUUUGACGGCGUGGAGCUUCCGACCCUCAAAGUCAGCUGGCUUCGGCUACAGAUCGGGCUCGUGGCGCAAGAGCCAGUGCUGUUCAACGACACCAUCCGCGCCAACAUAGCCUACGGAAAGCAAGGGGAGGCCUCCGAAGAAGAGAUUGUGGCCGCCGCUGAAGCAGCCAACGCGCACCAGUUCAUCUCCGGGCUGCCUGAUGGGUACAACACCAUCGUCGGUGAGCGGGGGAUCCAGCUGUCCGGCGGGCAGAAGCAACGGGUCGCCAUCGCGAGGGCCGUCAUCAAGGACCCCAAGAUGCUCCUGCUGGACGAGGCAACGAGUGCUCUGGACGCGGAGUCGGAGCGCGUGGUGCAGGAGGCGCUGGACCGGGUGAUGGUCGGGAGGACGACCGUGGUGGUGGCGCAUCGCCUGUCGACUGUGAGAGGCGCCGACAUUAUCAGCGUCGUGAAGAACGGGACGAUAGUGGAGAAAGGAAGGCAUGAAGAACUGAUGCGGAUGAAGGAUGGAGCCUACGCUUCCCUUGUCGAGCUUAGCUCCACUUCAAGAUAAGAUACUUACCUUUCUCUACCGCAAAAUUCCAUGGAAUGAAAGGCCAGCAAUUCAGUGUAUUUAAUAAGUUUAUAGGCCAAUUAAUGUGGGCGUAGGUGUAGGAUCUUUCCUUUCAUUUUAGUAGAUGGGUAUCUGCAAACAAGCAGAUGCAAUCAGACAAACUGUAUGAAAAUAAUAAUUGAUUGUGGUUCAAGCGAGGAUGCCGAUAAAGCUUUUCCAAAACACGGCAAUAAGGAGAAAUUAUUUGCCAGAUCGCAGUAUAAGAACAUGAGUUAGAACUCUGGGCAACCCAUUCCCUUGGAAAUGUAAGCUUGUGGCUAUUUUCAUAUGUUCAGUUUCUUGGGCUGCCUGUAGGUUGCUGGACCUUUAUGGAAGUCCAGAAAUGUUGCUAUGUUGCUUUGCUUUUGCUCUAUGUUCAAAUUUCAGCGGGAUAAGGAGCUGCUAGGGGGCAUGGUCAAUGCCCCAUUGCAGCUGGACGCCGCUUGCUUAGUCUCCUAGCCUGUGUUGUUCCUUUUUUUCUUUUUAGCAUGUUCGUGUUGUUGCUCCGGCAGACUAUUUAUUUUCCUUCCCGCACUUGAACUCGUUUGGAUGUUGUGGUCUGCUUUAUAUAUUAAGCGAGUUUCAGUUUGUUUUUUCAAGAGGUAAAAGGAUUCAUUCGGUCUGUGACGAGCAUCGUCAGUUUGCUUAUACUGGGCAGGUCUUCCUUCCGGGGCCUGGAGGGUUUCAAGAAGCUGCGGAUUUGAAAGCUGGAACAGUACAAAGUUCACAGCAUCAUCUUGUUAAGCACGAUUGUCUACUGUCUUAAAAGCAACACCAUGAUGGGUAUAAAUCUGAACGAAAUAAGAAGUCGGGAUUUUUCGCUCAACUGGAUGAAGUUGUGACAACUAGCAGAAGCUUUACUUGGAAAAUUCUGGAGAGAAGUAAAAGGAUAUACUAUUACAGAUGUUGAUUAAUAGCAUCAACAACAGAUUUGCAGACGUUGACAAAAUUAUAAGUCAGCUCUACUGUCAACUUGUUCUCCAAAUGAAUCCUCAGGUCAAAUCAUUGACCAUGGUUAAAAUAGGAUUGUCUGAUCUAGGAGAAGGUGGACAGUAAUUAAGUACAGCAAGCUCAGAAGCUGCAGUUACAUCACAAAAGGCUAUAUACCACAUUUACAAAUCUGGCAUGUGAACAAAAUAUUGAAGAGCAUGUCACAGGUACAACAACACGAACUUGGUAAAAUAGAAGCCGACGAAAAUGUAAUGCUGGAAAUUCAAACUAUGUUGAUUUUCGUCAGAGAACUACCAUUAGAGCUGCAAAGAUCCCUGUGGGAUACAAAAAUGUACCCUUAACAAGUUAAACUGGUAUAAGCAUCAUAUUUCAUAGGUCAUGCACCAGAACCUAGCUACUCAACCUCAACAAGGUGUCUGUAUUCCCAACCGAAAUUACAUUAAUAUACCUGUUUCAAAACAGACGCAGAGUGUCGUCUCCAAGCUCCAAACACUAUGUUGCCAAGUUGGCAUAGAAAAAUAUGUGAACUUUAUCCCACUUCAAUACUUUGGUAUAUUUAACAGAUAAAUGUGUCUACAGAACAUUAUCUUGCUGGGCAUGCAAAGCAAGUGUCCU